CGACGCACAUUGUGUGGUGUUUUACCGAAAUUUUGCAAUAUCAUAGGUCCAUCCUUAAGGUGUGUUCCUUAACCGUCAAAUAAAUUGUCAAGAUGGUGAAGCUUUUGGAAAAUAAGGCACAGUUUGACAGUGUCAUUGCUGAGGGCAAACUCACUGUGGUGGAUUUCUAUGCCACAUGGUGUGGACCAUGCAGAAUGAUUGCUCCAAAGAUAGAGGAAAUGGAAAAGGAAAAUCCCGAUGUCAAUUUUGUCAAGGUGGAUGUUGAUGAAAACUCUGAGACUGCUGAAGCCUGUGGAAUCUCUGCAAUGCCAACAUUUCACUUCUACAAAAAUGGGGAGAAGCUGGAUGAAGUAGUUGGAGCAGAUGAGGGAAAACUCAGGGAAUGCGUAGCAAAAUUCAAAUAGAUAUUAAAAAUCAUGUUAGAAAAAAAAAUUUAACUUCUUUAUAACUAAUUGUUGUAAUGGCUAUUUAUCUACUUUUCCUGUAAAUUAUGUCAGACUGUGAUGAAUUAUCAGAAAUCUAGCCACAUGAAGGGCAUUGUAUUUCUAUUGUUUAAUGUUUACAUUUCUUUUGAAUUGUAUUUUCAGUCUUAAAUUGAAUAGCACUAAGCAGUAUGCAGUAGUCUCAUACUAAGAGAAUUGUACAGUGUACAUUAAAAACAAAGAUUCUGUCAAAAAUUUGAAAAUAGGAUAAUUAAUAUAUAUGCAUUGUACAUGUAUACAUGUUUUUAUUUUAAUUAGGUAUUGGGAAUCAUUAAUGUCUAUUUUACAGUAUUGCACACUGUGGCCUUUUUUUGCACCAUUAUGCAAUAAAAUCUUUACAUUCAAA